AGCGCUUGCUUCCGGGUCAGCUGAGGCACGGUGCCGCCGACCUCCGGGCUGAGGCAGAGGCUGCGGCGGGGACGCGAUGCUGUGCACCCGAAGGCUGCGCGGCCUUGGGGCCGGGCUAGCGGCUCUGCGGCCGGGGCCAGCAGGCCGCGUUAGCUGCCGAGCUGAUAUUCGAGCCCGCAGGGUCAGCACCGGCUGGGCCCCGGUGGGCGCCGCCUUCAGCGUCAGGCCCCAAGGCCGACUCCUGGACGUGUUCGGAGAGCGCCAGGGUCUCUUUGGCGUCCCUGAGCUCAGUGCACCGGAAGGAUUUCGUGUUGCACAAGAGGCGGCCCUGAGAAGGACAGAGGUGCUGGUGGAGCAGGCAUGUUCCACCCCGGCGGGGCCGGACACCGUGCGCAUCUUCGACGAGCUCUCGGACACCCUGUGCAGAGUGGCUGACUUGGCUGAUUUUGUGAAAAUCGCACACCCGGAACGCGAGUUCAGAGAGGCUGCAGAAGAGGCCUGCAGGAGCAUCGGCACCAUGGUGGAGAAGUUGAACACGAAUGUGGAAUUAUACCAAAGUUUGCAGAGGUUACUAGCUGAUAAAAAGCUUGUGGACUCCCUUGAUGCCGAAACCAGGCGUGUGGCUGAGCUGUUCAUGUUCGAUUUUGAAAUCAGUGGAAUCCAUCUAGAUGAAGAGAAGCGUAAAAGAGCAGUGGACCUUAAUGUUAAGAUCUUGGAUUUGAGCAGUCAGUUUCUUAUGGGAACCAACUUCCCCAUCAAGAUUGAAAAGCGUCUCUUGCCCGAGCACAUCCACCAUCACUUUGUGCGCAAUGGAAACCACAUAGUUGUCGAUGGUCUGCACGCAGAAGCCCCGGAUGAUCUGGUUCGAGAAGCUGCUUAUAAAAUUUUUCUUUACCCCGAUGCUGGUCAACUAAAAUGUUUAGAGGAACUGCUCCGGAACAGAGAUCUUCUAGCGAAGUUGGUGGGGUAUUCUACAUUUUCCCACAGGGCCCUCCAAGGAACGAUAGCUCAGAACCCAGAGACUGUCAUGCUGUUCCUUGAGAAACUAUCUGAGAAACUUUCUGAAAGAACUGUAAAAGAUUUUGAGAUGAUGCGAGAGAUGAAAAUGAAACUAAAUCCUCAAAAUUCUGAACUGAUGCCUUGGGAUCCCCCCUACUACAGUGGCAUGAUUCGUGCAGAGAGGUAUAACAUCGAGCCCAGUCUGUACUGCCCGUUUUUCUCCCUUGGAGCGUGCAUGGAAGGCCUGAACAUACUGUUUAACAAGCUGCUGGGUGUCUCGCUGUAUGCGGAGCAGCCUGCCAAAGGCGAGGUGUGGUGCGAAGACGUGCGGAAGCUGGCUGUUGUUCAUGAAUCUGAAGGAUUGUUGGGGCACAUUUACUGUGACUUUUUCCAGCGAGCAGAAAAACCGCAUCAGGAUUGCCAUUUUACCAUUCGAGGAGGCCGACUGAAGGCAGACGGAGAGUAUCAGCUCCCAGUCGUGGUCCUCAUGCUGAAUAUUCCCCACUCCCCGAGGAAGUCGCCCGCGCUGUUAACUCCUGGGAUGAUGGAGAACCUUUUCCAUGAAAUGGGCCACGCCAUGCACUCCAUGCUGGGACGGACUCGGUACCAGCACGUCACUGGGACCAGGUGCCCUACAGAUUUUGCUGAGGUCCCGUCUAUUUUGAUGGAGUACUUCUCAAAUGAUUAUCGAGUGGUUAGCCAGUUUGCCCGACAUUAUGAGACUGGACAGCCGCUGCCGAAAGCCAUGGUGUCUCGGCUCUGCGAAUCCAAGAAGGUCUGUGCUGCCGCGGACAUGCAGCUUCAGGUUUUUUAUGCCACUCUGGAUCAGAUCUACCAUGGGAAGCAUCCCCUGAGGAAGUCAACCACAGACAUUCUCCGAGAGACACAGGAGGACGUUUAUGGCCUGCCCUAUGUCCCCAAUACUGCCUGGCAGCUGAGAUUCAGCCACCUGGUGGGCUAUGGUGCCAAAUACUACUCUUACCUGAUGUCCAGGGCUGUAGCCUCCAUGGUUUGGAAGGAGUGUUUUCUACAGGAUCCUUUUAACAGAGCCGCGGGAGAGCGCUACCGCAGGGAAGUGCUGGUGCACGGUGGAGGCAGGGAGCCCAUGCUGCUGGUUCAAGGUAUGCUGCAGAAGUGCCCUUCUGUUGAUGAUUUUGUGGACGCCCUCGUUUCUGACUUGGAUCCGGACUUUGAAACUUUCUUCAUGGAUUCUCAAUAAUGGAAACACCCAGAAUCUGUUAACCCGGCUCGUGCAGAUAUUAGCUCCAUCAGAAAUGUUACAGUUGUGAAAACUCAUUUCUGAUCUCAUCGUUCACUUAUGUGAUAACUUUUGGUAAACCUCACACUGAUGGAACUUGGAAUAAAUAAUUUGUUUGAAUUAUAAUAA